GAGGGGAGGAGGAGUCCUCCGGAGCAAAGGCGGCUCCCCCAUCCUGCUUUGCAAAAAAAGAAAAAAAGCCAGCCUUGGAUUGCAGCCGGAGGUUGAAUUGCACGGAUGCAUUUAUUCGCUGCAAAGCUGACAGCUGGUUCCUGCUCCUGCCCCAUUGCUGCCCCAUUGCUGCUUGAACCGGGAGGUCGCAUUCCCCCCCCCAGCCCUCCCCGUACAUCCCUGCAGAGGAGAACUGUCCUUUGUCCUUCCCAUUCACGACCCACAUUUUGGGGGGCAGAUUUUGCUUUAUGGUCGAAAUUGGCAGAACAGGGAGGCGUUCUUUGAACCACCUUCGUGGCCCUGCCUUGGAGCGCAGAUGGAAUAAGUAGACUCUGCUUAGAGAAGCUGUUCGUAUCAUCUGGACGGGGAGAAGCAGAGGAUUCUGGGAAGGACCCGUGCAGAAGAUCCUGAACGAGGAGGACGCCCUCAGCUCAGAUGCUCAACUCCAGCACUUCAGACGGUUUCUCUGCCACAGCCUGCCGAAAGGUUUGUGGCUGACUCCAUCAUCUUUGCCCUGAGUGACUGCGGCCAGAGCGAUAUACACGAAAAGCCCGAUCUGGUUCUCCUAGAGCAGUUCUUGGCUGUCCUCCCCCCAGAUGGAGAACUGGGUGAGGGAACGUGGAGCAGAGACCGGUUCCCAGGCGGUGGCCCUGGCCGAAGGUUUCCUCUCGAGCCGAGCAGAAGACGUGAAGCAGGAGGAGGAACAGCAGGGACUAUUUGCAGAAGAAGCCGUGAACUUUCCUGAGGCAGAAGAGGACCCGUCAGAUCCCAGGCAGAUGCCUCUUUCCAAGUGGUGGAUCAAGCAGGAGGAAGAAGACGAAGGUGCUCCUUCGUUGGGAGAAGGACUGAGGAUUAUUGUGGUGUGUCCUCCCUCGCCCCUUCCUGAUGGCGGAGUGGAAGCACCUUCUGUGCCUCUGGAACAGGUGACAUUUGAGGAUGUGGCUGUAUGUUUCACCGCGGAGGAAUGGAGCUCGCUGGAUCCGGACCAAAGGGCGCUGCACCGGGAGGUCAUGGAGGAGAACUGGAAAACGGUCACCUCCCUGGAACAGCAAGGCUUGGCUGCCCACGAAGCAGCAGUGCAGGCUGGGAGCAGUGAGGAACUCUGGGAAAGGACUGUGCAAAAGCUCAUAGGAGCAGGGAGUCAGGGCGAAGGGGAACGCAGUAUGGUGUCCUUGCCAAGAGCCCGACGCAAAGAAGGCAGAGAGCCGAGGAGGAAAGCGGAAGCUAAACAGAAGAGCAAGGAGUCAUCUGCCCGUCGAGGCAGUGGCACCUGUGACAUCCCAGCCGAAGAGAAACAGGACAAGAGGAAGGAAAGGUGUCCGGUGUGCGGCAAAAUGUUCAAAUGGAAAUCGAGCCUCGAUGCUCAUUCCAAAGUCCACACUGGGGAGAAGCCGUUCAAAUGCCUGGAGUGUGGGAAGGGCUUCAGCCGGAGCUCCAGCGUGACGUCGCACGAGAAGAUCCACAGAGGGGAGAAGCCGUACGAGUGCGCCGAUUGCGGCAAGAGCUUCAUUCGCCGGGACUCCCUCAUCUCGCACCAGAGGAUCCACACGGGGGAGAAGCCCUAUAAGUGUCUGGAGUGCGGGAGGAGGUUCAACCGGAAAGGGAGCCUUAUUUUCCACCAGAGAAUCCACGCGAGGGACAAGCCCUACAAGUGCUCGGAGUGCGGUAAGAGCUACUGCAGGAAUUCGAGCCUUAUCUCUCACCGGAGAAUCCACACCGGCGAGAAGCCGUUUCAGUGCCUGGAGUGCGGACAGAGUUUCAGAGAGAAGAAGAGCCUCACCGCUCAUCAGGGAACUCACACGGGCGAAAAGCCCUUCAAGUGCUUUGAGUGCGGGCAGAGCUUCAACAGCAAAGGGAACCUCAAUUUGCACCAGAGGAUCCACUCCGGGGAGAAGCCGUUCCGGUGCCUGGAGUGCGGGCAGAGCUUCAUCCGGAAAGGCGCCCUUAUCUCACAUCAGAGCAUCCACACCGAGGAGAAGCCCUUCAAGUGCUCCGAGUGCGGGAAGUGCUUCCGGAAGAACUCGAACCUCGUUUCUCACCAGAGCAUCCACACGGGCGAGAAGCGGUUCCAGUGCAUCGAGUGCGGGAGGAGCUUCACACGGAGAGGCACACUCAACUUGCACCAGCUGCUCCACACCGGCGAGAAGCCGUUCAAAUGCCUGGAGUGCGGGAAGAGCUUCAUUGUGAAAGGGUCCCUCGUUUCGCACCAGAGGAUCCACACCGGCGAGAAGCCCUUCCAGUGCCAGGAGUGCGGGAAGAGCUUCAUGAGGAGAGACUCCCUCAUCUCGCACCAGAAUAUCCACACGGGAGAGAAGCCCUACACGUGCCCCGAGUGCGGGAAGAGCUUCCGCCAGAAGAGCAACCUCACCGCUCACGAGGGAACCCACACGGGGGAGAAACCUUACAGCUGCCUGGAGUGCGGGAAAAGCUUCCGGCGGAACGAGAGCCUGAAAAAGCACCAGAGGUUGCACCUGGAACAGCUGCCUUGGAACAUGGAAAUAGCUCCCAUGGCGACUCCGGUCCACAGGGGAGGAACCAUCCAAAUGCUUCGGAUGUGGGACGAGCUUCGGCCAGAAUAUAAGGAUCACGUCACACUGAAGAACCCACCCAUGGGGGAAUCCGUUGUCAAUCAGCUGGCGUUUCUGGAACUGGUUCUGUCUGUAUCCCUCAAGAAAAGUUUGGACCCACUCUGGGUGAGGGAAUGUGGAGCGGAAACCAGUUCCCAAGCGGUGGCCCUGGCAGAAGGUUUCCUCCUGAGUUGGGCAGAGGAGAAGAAGCAGGCAGAGCAGCAGUUUCAUGAGCCGGAAGCAGACGCUGAUCUCCCUGAGGCAGAGGAGACUCCAUGGAUGCUGAAAAUACCUUCUCUUCCUUGUGGUGGGGCAGAAGCCGCCUCAGUAAAACUGUAUCAGGAUCUUUUGGUAUUUGAGGAGGUGACUGUUUACUUCACUGGGGAGAAGUUGGUGCUGCUGGAUUCAGACCAAAGUACCCUGCACAAGGAGGUCAUGAAGAAAUGUGGGAUCAGGACCUCUCUAGGCAGUGAAAUAACAGCAGCCAUCAGUUUGGGGCCGCCUGUUCUUCAGGAUGGAAUGGGAAUGGAUUCCACGCAACCAGACAAGGGCCUGGUGACCUUUGAGGACGUGGCUGUGUAUUUCAAUGAGGAGGAGCUGGCAGUGCUGGAUCCGCAUCAGAGAGACCUGCACAGGGAAGUCAUGGAAGAGAACUUUUGGAACGUGUCUUCUCUGUCAUGUGAUAGACUCACAUGGAAGAGUGAGACUGAGCAAGAACCAUGUGGCGCGUCACUGAAAAGAGACAGAAGCAGAGAGAGGAAAGAGUGGAGGCGGAAAAUGGAAGCAAAACAGAAGGGAAGGAAAAGUUCUGUGGUUUAUCAACCCUGUGACGUCCAGGAAAUCCCAACCCAAGACAAAAUGGUGGAAGGAAAAGAAAGGAAUAGGCAUCCCGUGUGCAAGAAGACCUUUGGUUUGAAACCAAGUUUUAAUGUUCAACGGAGAACGCAGACACUGGAGAAACCACUUCAGUGCUCCGAGUACGGAAAGGGCUUAAGGCACCAUUCAGAACUCAAGACCCGUAAGAGAGUCCUCCUAGAGGAGAAAGUGUUUCACUGCUUGGAGUGUGGGAAGAACUUCAGUGGGCAUUCGAGCCUCAGGACCCACCAGAGAAUCCACAUAGGGGAGAAGCCGUUUCAGUGCUCCGAGUGCGGAAAGAGCUUCACUCAGAAAAUCAACCUCCAUUCCCAUCAGAAAAUCCACACGGGAGAAAAGCCGUUCAAAUGCUCCGAGUGUGGAAAGAGCUUCAUCAAGAACACGGACCUCACACGGCACCAAAGGAUCCACACCGGGGAGAAACCCUACGCCUGCUCCGAGUGCGGCAUAAAUUUCCGCCACAAGUGGAACCUUAGGAACCAUCAGAGGCUGCACACAGGGGAGCAGCCCUUUAAAUGUGCCGAGUGCGGGAAGAACUACGUCAACAGCACGAACCUCAUUUCACAUCAGAGAAGCCACACAGGGGAGAAGCCAUUUCAGUGCUUGGAGUGCGGGAACUGCUUCCGGAGGAACGGGGACCUCGCUAGGCACCAGAGGGUCCACACAGGAGAGAAGCCCUACAAGUGCUUGAUAUGUGGGAAAAGGUUCAGUCAGAACUCGAGCCUCCAUGCCCACGAGAGGAGCCACACAGGAGAAACAGUACGGAUGCUCAAGGUGUGGAAAGAGCUUUGGCCGGAACAGGCCUAACACCACAUCGGAGAAUCUGCACGGGAAUUUCAUGUAGAAGUGUUGGAAGCAAGUGUGGGAAUGUUCAGGGAUGCAGGAGAGGAUAUAUUGUUUGAUUAUAUCCUUUCCAACUUGUGUUAACAAGUUCUACAGUUUAGCAGAGUAACAUUCCCCUUUUUAAACUUGCACAGCGGAUGCGUUUGCUCAGGCUCGCUAAAGCCUCUAAAAUAAGUUUCGUUGAUAAUUCCCUAUUUAGUCCCUCAUAAAAAGAUAAGACAUGACACAGUCUUCUAUGAAAGUAUAAAAAGAGUUUACUCACACAUUCUGUUCACAAUUGGAUCCCAGAAAGCAGACUUAAGUUAGAAAAGUAAUAUACCUGGAAACUAUCCCAUAAGGAGAUAGCCCCUUUGUCCUCUCUUGGCUAUCUCUUGAAGCCAUCCAAGCUAGGGCCAUCACUGCCUCCUGAGGCAGGGAGUUCCAUAGCUUAACAAUGGGCUGUGUAAUUAACGAUGAUUACUAAUUUGGGUUCAUUAAUCUCAGUGGGUCUACUCUGAGGAGCACUUAGUUGAAUGGAUGUUUGGGGAUCCUAUGACCGUGCUGGCAAGUAUUGUCACCCUCUUCCUUCACAUUACCCUCUGCCAGCCUGGUGCUUUCCAGGUUUCUUGGAGUACAAAACCCAUCAUCCUUGACCACUAGUUGUGCCGAUGGCAACUAUACUACAAAACCCAUGUUUUGCACCAGGCUGAUGAAGGCUGCUUUACAGACAGUAGUAACAUAGCCUUUCAGUUUUGUUCAAAUGCUCUAAUCUAAGUCGCCAUUUGUUACGAUAAACCAUUAUAUUAAA